CUUUAAAUCGCUUGUACAGUGGCGCUUUUUAUUUCGCCAAUAAGUCGUACGUAGAAGUCGAAGCGAAGUUGGUUGUGUCUUUCUCUUUGACAGUUGGAUUUACCGGAACAGAGUUGGUAGUUUUGUGAUGAGUAUUUUGCCGUUAAGGUAGAAUUUAGGAAUAGAACAAAUUGUUUUCUCAUAAUUCUCUCGUAAAUUUAUAUAAAAAGAUGGAGGAUGUAUUGGAAGAGGUUGUUUCUUCUGAAGAUUUGAAGAAAUUCGAACGUGUAUAUCAUGAACAAUUACGUUCAUCGUUUGUAACACAGAAAGCACAGUUUGAAUACGCAUGGUGUCUUGUCAGGAGUAAAUAUCCUGCGGAUAUUCGAAAGGGAAUCAUUUUAUUGGAGGAUUUGUAUUGCAAUCACGAUGACAGUAAUAAACGAGAUUGUCUAUAUUAUUUAGCAAUCGGAAAUGCUAGAAUAAAGGAAUAUUCAAAAGCUUUAACGUACGUUAGAUCAUUUCUGCAAGUUGAACCCCAAAACCGACAAGUACAACAUUUGGAAACACUGAUUAAGAAGAAAAUGGAAAAAGAGGGUCUUUAUGGUAUGGCCAUUGCAGGAGGGGUUAUUAUUGGUGUUGCAAGUAUUCUGGGCCUCAGCUUUGCGAUGGUCAAAAAACACUAAUUAAUACCUGAAGUAAGAAACUUGUGAUUAUUGUGUGAUGUGGAAUAGUUGCUUUGUACAUGAUAUUAUUUAUAAUUUGUUAAUCGAAAUAUCUAAAUAUUUUACAAAAAAAAAAAAAAAAAACAGAGUAGCCACUUCGUGAAAAAUUGAAUGAACCAGAAUGCAAUUUAUAUAUUGUAGAACAGCAAACAUACAUUUUUACACAAAGGACAAACAACCCAACAAUAAAUAUCGCUUUUGUCGAUACGUGUAUUUUUUUAGAUUUUCUUAAAAUUUAUUGUAAUAAUGUAUUAUAAAAUCUUGUGUGUUGUUUUUUUUUUUAAUUAUAAUAUAUAUUUAUAGACCUAUCUCGUUAUUUUACUAAAGGUAAACGACAUUCCAAACGUUAUGUGUUGUUUGGUCAUGUAAUUGUACAUUAUUUUUAAGCGUUAAUCCUAUUAAAUUAAAUUAGUCACCAGGGGAACACGCGAUGUUUGCUUAUACCAAAGUUUCAGUACCUACGUAUAAACAUAGCUUUUGUACAUAAUGGUGAAGAAAAAAAAGAACAAACUAUUGUAUGAUGUAUUGUUACGUAAAUCUUUCGUGAAAUAAAUGUUUUGUGUUACAUCAGACCAACUCCUGUUCAUCCAUAUUCCAUAUCUAGGAACACGUGUACGAUUCACACGGAAAGAUAACACUCAUGGGAUUGUCGAUUUUAAUCAAAAUCUUUUCCAAUGAAUCUAGAACAAAAAUAAAUAAACCGAAUAAUUUUA